AUCGAAUGCUAGACAAAGUCACCGCCAAUGACACCUGCCAUGGUCAAGGGUAAUGAAGACAACAAGCCUGGUUGUUUUACUUCUCAGUUGGCUAGAGUUCCCACCAGUGCAAUACUAUUUGUAUCACUAGUUUUGAGAAUUUCAUUCUUUUUGUUUGGACUUUAUCAGGAUGAGAAUAUGCCAUUACCAUACACGGACAUUGACUACUAUGUGUUUACAGAUGCUGCCAAGUUUGUAGCAAUCAACGAAUCACCAUUCUUGCGUGCAACCUAUAGGUACACACCUCUACUUGCCUGGAUCUUGGUUCCAACAACAUAUUCCACCCACCGACUAUGGUUUUCAUUCGGCAAGUUCAUAUUCAUAGUAUGCGAUUUGGUGACUGGUUACGUUUCAAUGAUCUCGUUACCUUCUCAUUACACUUAUCUCUCCACGAUCUGGUUAUUCAACCCCAUGGUGAUCACAAUCUCAACGCGUGGAUCGUCAGAGUCUUUGCUAACUUCAUUUGUCUUGCUCACAGCGUAUUUCCUAAUCAGAAAUAAUGGAAAGAAACUGACAGACAUCAUUGUGUCUGGGUUUCUGUUGGGAGUGUGUGUGCAUCUCAAAAUAUAUCCUUUCAUUUACGCUCCAGCCUUCCUACUUUACUUGGACGCCAACCAACCGUUAUACGCUCCAUUCACACAGAAACGUCUCCUGUUUGCCCUAAGCGCACUUGCAAGCUUUUCAGGACUAACAUACUGGAUGUAUUACGUCUACGGAUGGGAGUACUUAGACGAAGCUUACUUCUACCACCUCAUUAGGUUGGAUCACAGACAUAAUUUUAGCGUCUACAAUAUCUCCCUGUACUUGAACUCAGCUACGACAGCGGAAGUGGGCUCUUUCCAAUUUGAAAAAUGGGCAUUUUUGCCACAGCUUGCAUUGACUCUUUUCAUCAUACCUCUUAGUUUGAAAGAGGGACUGCAGUCGCAGGAUAAGAACUUUAGAGACAGCAUUUUGUACAAAAUUAUGUUUAUCCAGACAUUUGUGUUCAUCAUGUUGAACAAAGUUUGUACAUCUCAGUACUUCAUCUGGUUCUUGUGCUUAUUGCCACAAACACUUGUGGGAACAACCAUUAGCGGCAGGAAAGGGCUCGUGGUGCUACUCGGUUGGGUGCUCACCCAGGGAUUGUGGUUGUUUAAUGGCUGGAGGUUAGAGUUCUGCGGCAAGGCGGACAUCUUCAUCAGUGGACUCUUCUUUUCCAGCAGCCUCUUCUUUCUCUGGAAUACAUACAUGGCCUGUGUCUUUAUUCAAGACGUGCAGCAACAAAUCCGCCUCCAGAGACGAGAUCUGGAGCACAGAAAGAAGAUAUAGCUCUAAGCCAUGGGCCCUAUCAAGCCUCUUUUGCAGUACACCGCGCCUAAUAUAGUUACUAAAUAGAGACAUCUGUAAAUAGCGCCGAGGAACUUUGUUCUCUUUUUCCUGCGCUGCAGUAGCCAAACCUGCAUACUGAUAAAUCUGACACCCG